AUGCCACCAGAUGAGGUACAAGAAACUCAACAGGAAGAAGUUCAGAUACAACCAGACAUGGAAGAAAUAGUUCAGCAACAACAGCUAGAAGAGCCUGAAGGAAACGAACAAGUCCCUCCUUUGGAAACUAACUUCACAGAACUAGAUGAAGAUUUGGAACAGCCGAAAAAUCUUGACCCUCAACAAGAGUAUGAGGUGAAUAUGGAAUCUUUCCAAGAGUCUAAGAAAAAUUCGGCUGACAUAGUAGAAGGAUAUCGAAAAAUGUUCACCGACAUACAAAAGACUCCAACAUCAGAUGAAAAUAUUCAGCAUAGAAUGGAAGUACUGAAAGAAAAUGUACGCAAAUACAAUAAUCCUUUUUACUUACGACCAUAUAACGUUCAAUCUUUGGCUGAACUCGGUGAAAAUAAAAGGUUAAAUUUCAACAAAACAUAUAGAAAUGAAACAUUGUUUAAAGUUCAUUCAGAACCUAACCAAUAUGGAAACAAACCUACUUUUGUUUCUGCAGACUAUGGAACUACAAUGAAAUGGGGUCAUAAAGCUAACCCGGAUAGGUGGUUCAUAAACUUACAACCUCAAUUCCAAGAAGUUGUAGACGCAAUGGAAGUGAAUGGUGAACCAGAUAUAACGGGUAUUUUCAGCGCGGCUUUAAUGCCAUUGAAAGAUAUGAAAGAUGCAGAUAUUUUGGACCAGUAUGAAAUGAACAUGGCUGAGGGAAAUAUAACACCUGACGUUCUAGAACAUUUAUCUCAAAGAACUACACAGAACCAUAGAGAUGGUAUAUUUGGUGAAGAGUUUAGAAAGAGAGUUAGGGAGAGAGAAGGAAGAGAACCUAUUGUACAUGACCUUGCAAACGAAAGUUUGCAAAAUGUCAUAAAAACUUACUUUGCAGACAAUGAACUGAGAAGGGAUGAAUAUUUAAGAAAACUCAAAUGGACAGUACCAAAUGAAAUGUUAGUAUUGAAAAACAUGUUCCAUGACAAAAUAAAACCAACUACAGAAAU